AUGGAAAAGAGCCUUGGCUACGCCGUCCUUGCUCGUGUGAAGGCAGCUCCAAAAAAGGAACAUUGCUGUCUCCAUCUUAGCAGGCAGGCUAAAAGAGGCUUGCAAGACGUCUCUAUAACUCGCACUGGCAGACCGAUCAUCAGGAUACAAGGCGGCAGAUCCGCUCUUGGUGGCCACACAGCAACCGUCUUUGGAGCGACUGGCUUUCUAGGCCGGAACUUCUCUCUCGAAGAUGUUCAUGUCGAGGGUGCUGAGCGAAUAGCUGAGGCUGUAGCCAAGUACGACAUCGACCGCUUCAUACACGUAUCCUCAUACAAUGCCAACAAAAAUUCACCUUCGGAGUUUUUCCGAACCAAGGCUUGUGGGGAAGAAAUUGUCAUUGAUGUGGGGUCUGCGCUUUCGCAGAUGCUCGAGGACGACAGCACUGCUUCCGAAACGUAUGAGCUAUACGGCCCAUCCAACUACUCGAUGGCUGAAAUAGCCGAAAUUAUCGACAGUGAGAUUUACAAACGCCGGCGUCAUCUCAACGUCCCCAAGCGGAUCCUACAGCCUGUUGCCAAAUUCCUCAAUCAAGCAAUUUGGUGGCCAACCACAUCUGCAGACGAAGUAGAAAGAGAGUUUUUAGAUCAAGAGAUUGAUCCUAAAGCAAAGACGCUGGUGGACCUAAAUAUCACAGCCGGAGAGUUGAGGAAUUACACGUUUCACUAUUUGCAAGCCUACCGUAGCUCUGCAUUUUAUGAUUUACCGCCAGCAACGGAGCGGGAAAAGAGGGAAGACAAAAGGUUCUUGCACGUCAUUGAUGACCAGUAG